UAGAAGCAAGAUAAUUCAUGCUCAUUAACUUCUUUUUAAGUUAGCUUUAACUCUAGCUGUGUUUCUUAUGAUUGACAAACUCUAACUGUCUCUCGUUCACAGCUGUGAACAGUCACUGUGGGUCUGCAUGGGCUAUUGGAUGCAGAGUGCAGGGGCUAAUAGAAAACAGGUAAGCUAACGUUCACGGAUAUCUGACUUGAGUUGAUCCGUAAUACCUUCAAGUAAAUUGGACUGCGGGAACAUGGUGGUGUGUUUCUUAAUACACACGGUGUGCCCAGUAAGCGCUCUCUCAGCCGGGGAGAGUCGGAUUUUGUAUUCUCGGGUGUUUGGACCGGAGGAGCGUGACCCUACGGAAGCAGGACUAAACCCUGAGCAGAGACGAGUCGUGCAGAAAGAGAGGCUUGCGGUAGUAGCAAGACAAGUGCGCAGUGCAGUUUGUUUAAGUCGUGAAGCGUCAGGGAACGUGUGUGUUGAAACGGUGCUGGGGGAAGAGGCCGUAGCACUGGGAGAGGCUGAGAGCGGAGUGUUGUCUUUGGGCAGUGGGGAACCGUUUGCUGGCCGCACUGUGGUACUGUGGCUGGCGGUGCAUGCUCUGGCCUUCACUCUGGUUUGUCAGCCACAUGAGAACCUGCUGCUCGCUGAGGGAACUCUUCGUAACCUUGCCCGUCACUGCUUGGAGGAACUUCGUCUCCUGGGACCGGGUAGCGAGGUGCUACUGAAGAGUGAUCGUGUGGAUGCCAUGCUGCAGAGGCUACUUCCUCACGGACAGCUCCUUUUCCUCAACCAUCGCUUUACCCAUGGUCUAGAAAGAGAUUUGAGUGCCUAUAUGUCUAAGUGAGCUUGGUCUGAACCAGGACAACCAGGAAGAGGCUGUUUUCAGAUUAAAACUUUGUGAGACAAGUCUGUGAAACUGUAAACAGAGGUCCUGAAACAUCAUGACUGUUCUACACUGAAACAAAAGAUCCUGAAAUUUGAAAUUUUGACUUUUUGGAUGUCGUUUAGGUUGUGAGGAUAUGCUGGUGUGGUUAUUGUGCAUGAAUCCUCAGGGAUUUUGAUGGAAUGUUCUAAACUUUCUCAGUUUUAUUCCAGACUGAAAUUAGAGGUUCAGAAAAUUAAAGGAGCUUUUUCCUCUAAACCUGAACAUUCACUGAGUGUAGGAUAUUUUAAGUCUGUGAAUCUGUGACACAUACCCUUGUUUACCUGGGUUUCACUGUCUACAUGAACACACGACUGGAAUGUGUGUCUGUAUUAAGUGAAGGUCAGUUAUAAAGCUUGUGGAGCAGUUGAAGAUGGUGUUUAAAAAAAAAAAAA